CCAAACAUGCAAUUAUGUAAUUCUUAUCAUUAAAAUCAUCCCUAUAAAUGAGAUGAGCACGAGUGGCAUGAUUUUAAUUCAGCUUGCCAAGCCAAACAAGGAUAAACUAAUUUUCAGAUAUUCCAUUUAGUAAAAUUGUCAUUAUGAAAUUGCUGCUGCUUUUGUGCCUCGCUGUGACCUUUGUUUAUGGUCAACAAGAUCCCGGUGCAAUCUGGAUCCCAAGUCCUCACUACAACUCGAGAAAUGGCUAUAGUGUCAAAUGGUUAAUUGUCCACGGAACUGCUGGAGGCUCGAGCGCCGUAGCGAUUGGGGAAUGGUUUCAAAAUCCGGCAUCGCAAGCCUCCACGCACUACGUGGUUGGGCAGGAUGGAACUGUAGUUCAGUGCGUAAACGAGGGUUGGGCCGCGUGGGGAAAUGGUGUUGUUGAAGGAGGAUCCGAUUCUUGGUGGGGUGUAAAUCCAAAUUGGGUCUCAAUCUCGAUCGAACAUGUCAAAUCGAACACGGACAAUUCGAACGAACUGACCGGACCACAGGCCGCGGCUUCGUUCAAUCUGAUCAGAAAUAUUAUCGCAAGAAAUCCCGGGAUUCGGAUGGCUUAUGCAAAUGGUGAUGGUGGAAUUACGGGUCAUUUCUCGAUGAGCCCGCAAUCAAGGGCUCGAUGCCCGGGACCUUUUCCUUGGGAACAAAUGUUCAAUGACCUCAACGGUUCGGGCCAACCGACCUGCAUGGGAUCGGCUACGACAGCGUUGAACAUAAGGGCCGAGCCAAAUACGAACAGUGCCAUUGUUGGAGGCGUCCCGAUGCACAAUGUGGUCAACGUGAGGGCGAAAGUUCUAGGAGAAGAUAUCCUUGGAAACCCGUACUGGAUGCAGCUUCACGAUGGAUCAGGAUUCAUUGCUGCGUACUAUUUCAACGUGCACAUUACCCAGCCGGGAUGGUGCUAUUAAAAAAUUCACAUUUUCAAAAAAUGACAUGGCAAUCAAAAUUUAUUAAAAUUCGAAUUAUUGAGGAUCCUGGUUUCUUAUAAACCAUUUGUAUGAAAUAAUCCACGCAGUGCUUGAUCACUUUGUAAAAUCCGUAAAUCCUGUAAACCUACACACUUUUACCAAAUUUUUCAAAUAUUUCUGAGGAAAAUUAGCAUACAAUUUUUUGUAAACUUACUCCGAUCACGGGCUUUUCUUUACUUUGUAAAAGUUUGUCAAAUUAUUUUACAAAAUGCAUGGAUUUUACAAGUUACAAAUAACUGCGUCCUCAAAUGAAUGUCCUCAAAUCUAUACAAUUUAAUCUGGCUAAUAAACUAUAAUUGAAA